UGUUCAUACAGCUGCUGCAUUGCUACUAUGCUAUACAAUGGAUCCAAACAGCUAUAUAUUAAAUUGAACAACGUGCUGAAUCUCAUUUAUAUACACAUUAAUACCCUGCUAUUGCCAUAAGCUCCAACAAAGUGGUAUACCUAUUGCAAAUUUGCAAUUAAUAUUCCACAAAAAUGGCUAUAGGUAAGUCCUUAGGUGUCCAUGGAUGGGGAGACACCAAGAGUCUCGCCGUCCAGUUCAUCACUGGACGGUGGUUCGUGGUAUUCGCCUCCUUUUUAAUCAUGGCAGCCGCCGGAGCCACCUACAUGUUUGGUCUCUACUCAAGUGACAUAAAAAUAACACUUGGUUAUGACCAAAGCACAUUAAAUCUCCUAAGUUUUUUCAAAGACUUUGGUAGCAACGUUGGUGUCCUUUCAGGACUAAUCAACGAACUUUCACCACCUUGGGUAGUUUUAACAAUAGGUGCUGUUCUAAAUUUCUUUGGUUACUUCAUGAUAUGGUUAUCAGUUACCAAAAAAAUUUCAAGACCACAAGUUUGGCAAAUGUGUCUUUAUAUUUGCAUAGGUGCUAAUUCUCAAUCUUUUGCAAACACUGGUUCACUUGUUACUUGUGUUAAGAAUUUCCCCGAAUCGCGCGGCGUUGUGUUGGGAAUUCUUAAAGGUUAUGUUGGUCUUAGUGGUGCUAUCAUCACACAACUUUACUCUGCUAUUUAUUAUGAUGAUACAAAGGCUUUGAUUUUGUUUAUAGGUUGGCUUCCUGCUGCUAUUUCCUUUGCUUUUCUUCGAACCAUUCGAUAUAUGAAACCUGUUCGACAAGUUAAUGAACUUAAGGUUUUUUAUAAUUUCUUGUAUAUUUCACUUGGGCUUGCUGGAUUCUUGUUGGUUAUGAUUAUAAUUGAGAAAAAAAGUAAUUUUUCUCAGGGUGAGUUUGGUUUUAGUGCUGCUGUUGUUAUUUUCUUGCUUUUUCUUCCACUUGUUGUUGUUUUCAUUGAAGAGCACAAGAUUUGGAUGAAUAAGAAGCUUGCAUUGGUUGACCCUUCACCAGUGAAAAUAGUAACUGAAAGUGAAACUGAUAAAAAAGUCAACAACAUCAAUUCAAAUAGAACUAACACUGCCGUUUCUGUUAGUUCUGUUCCAAAAAAAGAUGAUGUUAAAUGGUGGCAAGAUGUGUUUAAUCCACCAAAAAGAGGUGAAGAUUAUACAAUACUUCAAGCCCUUUUCAGCAUAGACAUGUUAAUACUAUUUGUGGCUUGUAUUUGUGGUGUUGGUGGAACAUUAACAGCAAUUGAUAAUCUUGGUCAGAUAGGAACAUCCUUAAGAUAUCCAAAGAAAAGCAUAAGCACUUUUGUUUCAUUAGUAAGCAUUUGGAAUUAUCUAGGACGUGUUUUUUCAGGUUUUGCUUCAGAACAUUUUCUAAGAAAGUACAGAUUCCCUCGUCCUCUUAUGCUUACAUUAACAUUAUUUGUCUCUUGUGUGGGACAUCUUUUGAUAGCAUUUGAUGUGCCAGAUGGUCUUUAUGUAGCAUCAGUGAUUAUUGGAUUUUGUUUUGGUGCUCAAUGGCCAUUACUUUUUGCAAUUAUAUCAGAACUUUUUGGACUUAAAUACUAUGCAACUUUAUACAAUUUUGGAAGUGUUGCAAGUCCACUUGGGUUAUAUGUGCUUAAUGUGAAGAUCACUGGUCAUUUAUAUGACAGAGAAGCUAAGAAACAAUUGUUAGCAAUUGGAAAAGUGAGAGAACAAGGACAAGAAUUGAAUUGUGUUGGUGUUGAUUGUUUCAAGUUAUCUUUCAUUAUUAUUACAAUUGCAACUUUUUUAGGUGCUGUUGUUUCACUUGUUUUGGUGGCUAGGACAAGAAAGUUUUACAAAGGUGACAUAUACAAGAGGUAUAGAGAAGAGGCUAUGGUGGUUGAAGAAACUGAAAUGGUGGUGGAAAAGAACAUGGGAGGAAAUACAGAACAAGAUGACAAAGUUGGUCAGCACCAUGUGACGACGACUUAGAAUUAGGACAUAUUAAUGGAUAAGGGUGAUAUAGAUUAUAGAUCAUAAUUAAGUGUAAACAGGAAAAUUAAAAAUGUUGUUAUAUUAUAUUAGAGUAAAGUAUAAUAUGUAACAUUAUGUGUGCUGAAUUUUCUUUGCCGUGCUGUAUACUUCUUAUUUUCUUAAUUUGUCAUACAUUCAAAGAAAAAGAAACUAUUGAUUGCAUUGUUAUUAUGUAGGUUUGCUCAUUUUCAAAA